AGAUCGUGAUCACUGACUUUCUCUCCUCCCUCUCAAUAGGUGAACUACUCAUUCCGGUACUUCAUCGACAAUCCCCAAGACGGCCUCGUGAUGGAUCACUGGGAGGGCAGACGAGGUGAUCAAGUAUCAGGACGCUAUGCUCUUCUUGAGCCUGGUGGCGUCAUACGGACAGUUCAUUAUGAAGUUAGUGGGGACAGUGGCUUCAGGACAGCCAUCAGGACCCGUACUCCAGCCUCCAAUCAGUACCAGUUCAUUUACACUCCAACAUCUGAGCGGAAGCAGCCUCAGCAACCGAUACAGCAUACAGAACCAGUGGCCCUUAUUCAACAGCCGCCUUUCCAAUUCUUCUCCAAAUAAACAAAU